CCCACUUCACACGGAGGGAGGCGACAAAACUCGCCUGUUGAUGUGUGAAGAUGACAAGAUGAGGAUUGUGAUGAUAGCAUCUCUGUGCUGUUUUGGAGAACGAAUGAAGAGAGGAACAUCAAAUGAGCAUUUCUGAAAGUUUUGACGUCAACAAUCAAAGUGGUUUCUGAGGUGUCUGCUGAUGUCAUCGUGACACAGGACAAGAGGGCAUGGAGAGAGGGAGGGAUGGAAAACGGGAGAGAUAUGGAGAUGGAUACGGGAGGGGUAGGAACGAUAGUGCGCUCCUCUGACAUCAUAGAGGCUCUUAUAUACCGGUCGGAAUGGAGCCUGCCAUUCCUCACUUCACUUCUGAGAAAGCCAAGAGAAGACACAGUAAACAGCUUGAAUGUGCAGAAACUGUGGGACUACUAAGAAAAUGCAGAUGCAGCUGAUUUCCGUUAUGCUCCUUUUUUUAUUGGGUAAUGUACUUUGUUCAGAUACAGACCAGGGGAAAAGGGCAACAGAGGAAGAGGUACUGAGAAGUCUCCUCACUUCAAAGGUAAAGCAGAUUAAGCACAUCGCCCCCCUGUGGCAGCUGCCACUCCAGGAUGUGUGCAGGAUGUUGAACAGUCUCGGGGAGUCAUGGCAGGAGGCCUGGGGCAGUGAGGAGGAGCAGGAGGACACGGAGGUUCAGGCCGAGUAUGAGCAGAGGGUCUCGGGUACCCUCACCCAAAUGCAUGACCUCCGGAACCUCUGCAGGGUCCUGCAGCCUAGAGAGCUACAAGACGACCAAGAAUAUCUGGAGCUGGACCAAAACAGUGACAGUCCACUGAAGAGGAAAUCUCCGUAUAUACUUAAAAGGCAACUGCGCACCAAUAAAUCAAGACGGCCGUACAUUCUGAAGAGAAGUGUGUAUUACUGAUGCUCAAGAUCCACCGAUGGAAAGACAUUUUACUUUUUUUUAAUAGGUGUAUGUUUUAUCUGUCUUAGUAUUACAGUAUCAAUGUAAUAAUUGUAUGUUCUGUUUUAGCUAAAGUUUUGUUUAUUUAUGUGUUCCAGAAGUCAAUGCCUUAUUCAUC